AUGGAUAAUAAACAAAACCAAUUUACCAUUAACAACAACUAUCGAUCCAAGAGCGUGACUCGGAUUAGCGAAUUGCCGGAUUAUCCUGUCGAUGAGACGAUCGUGGGCUUAUUGCUAGGGGUUUCGAGAAACAGGCCUCCCUCGAAGGCUAUGAACUAUCCAUACACGUUACACAUGACCGACUUCAGCGACUCGAGAUUUAAGUUUCCCCAGUACUUCGAUGGGAGAGACUUCAAGAAGAAGGAGUUGCAACACAAGACGUUUGAUGUUGUUACGUUUCCAGCAGUGUUUGACACCAUCAGCAAGGACGUGAGGGAUAUAGUUGAUUUGCACGGGAAGGUGCGAUAUUACAAGUUUCAGAAUGGAAGGCCGUACUACGAGGACGAGUGGAACCAGGAGGACCUCGAUGUGUUAUACCUGAAGCUUGGGAUUGAGAACAAGCUGGCGGGGAAGGAACUCGGGAUCGACUACUGGUUGUUGGACAAGUUCCAAAUAUGGAUUAAGGUGAGGAUCCGCGGCAAGCGGUACAAGGAGCAGAUGGAACUGGUGUGCAUGAACAACUUCUAUGUCAUUCCGGAGCUCAUUUUGCAGCGGGAGCUGCGUUCGUACGGCCAGCAGUGGGUGUGGGAGGAGUUUGUGCGCGUGUACAACCACAAGGACUUGCUUGACGAGGACUUUUCUGACAGUGAUGUGGAGACGCCGAGUACGGCUGGCGAGACGCCGCGGGGGGAGAAGCGUCGGAAACUGGCUCUGGCUGAGGAGAGACCGCAGCAGAGGGAGAAGGACACGGCUCGACGGUUUGACGACAUCCAGUACACGCUUGUCAGCGAGCUUGCCGACGACAACGUGUGGGCAGAGCGUGCGUCCGUGCAGUACGCGCCGCAGUACAUUCUUGUGCGGCGCGUGCGCAUCUGGAAGAAGCUCGACAGCUACGUGUACAUGCACCGGCGGGCGCUGGGCGUGAAGCGGGCCAAGUUUGUCGUUGCCGACGAGCGGGGGCACGAGCUCGUGCUGACCAUCCGGGAAAACUGCCUCACGGGCUUCCUCGGGCUCAGCAUUGGCGACUUCAAGUUCUUCGAGGACCUCAACGAGGCCAUCAAGACCCGCGUCGAGCAGUGGGAGGGCUCCUCCGGCAGCGCCGAUGCAUACCACGGCAUGGUGGUCUCGCGUGCCCGGAUUGCGCCCGGCGUGCACAAGUGGUGCUGGGAGUACACCACCGCCGAGCCUGUGCCGGCACAUCAGCACCACACGCCGUCCAGGCCCGAGUUGCCCUGA